AGUUUACGCAGGAUCGGAAAGUGAUUAGGUGAUCACCCUGUCAGAUCAAAACAGAUCAACGUUGAGCGUGAAAAGUUGCGGUCCACAGACCGUGGCUACAAUGAGCGAUACCCCGCCCCUCGAAGCGGCCCAGGCCACGGGAUCAUCGGGUCAGCCACCCAAUUGCUCGUUCUUCCGCGCUCGCAAGCGCAAAGGUCAAAUGCGUGGGCGUGUGCGCCAGAAUUCCUCGGAUUCGGAAUCCGGUUCGGCGCCUCCGGUUCAAAAUCGCCCUGCAUCCUCGGAGGACGAAUCCGCUUCCGAGGAUGAUGGUCAGCCUCAAUCGGCCGUGGUUCGCAUCGAUCGCCAUCGACGGCGAUUCCGCGGUCUGAAAGGCGGCACGGGCUCCACCAAGAAGGUUAGAUUGGAUGCGGCCGAUGCGGUUGAUAGCGACGAAGACGAUCGUCAAGCCCGCCAACAACACGAUUUGGUCCAUGUCACUUUUGAAGCGGGUCAAACCCCCGUGAACGCCGAUCAAAACGCCACGGCCACCAAUGAAAUGGACACGGAUUUGUCACGAGAUGCCCGGGCCAUCGAAGAACGGGCCCGUCAAACCCGGGCGGCAUUGGCCGAGAGUGCGACCAAUCCUUUGGAAGACAAAGUCUAUCGAGGCAUGAAUCAGUAUGCCAAAUUUAUCGAGAAACGCGAUUCAGCCGCCGGCAGUGCGUCCAAAAUGAGCGCCAGUGGACCGCAACGGGCUCCUUCUAAUGUGCGGGCGUCGGUCCGAUGGGACUAUGCCCCUGAUAUCUGUAAAGAUUUCAAAGAGACGGGUUUCUGCGGGUUUGGGGACAGUUGUAAAUUCAUGCACGAUCGCUCAGAUUACAAAUUCGGGUGGCAACUCGAACGUGAGAUGAAAGACGGCACUUACGGUCAGGAUGAUCAUGAGGACAAUAAAUAUGAAAUCAGUUCAGAUGACGAGGAUUUACCGUUCAAAUGUUACUUGUGCCGCGAAUCAUUCAACCAGCCCGUGGUGACCAAGUGCAAGCAUUAUUUCUGUGAGAAAUGCGCUUUGGAUAACUACCGAAAAUCGCAACGCUGUGCGGCUUGCGGUGUUCAAACGCAUGGCGUGUUCAAUCCAGCGAAAGACGUGAUUGCCAAAUUGGAGCAAUUGAAAAAGACCGAGGCUAGUAAAACUGAGAAUAGUGGCGAUAGUGAUGAUGAUAGUGAAUGAAAUAUAGAUUGAUCUCAUAGAUUGUUGAAACCAUGUACUCAUCCUCCGAAGGUAUACCAUUAAACUCACAUAUUUCAG